CGGCAUCAAAACGCGCACGCAUCAGUCGCCAUAUUGAAGUCAAGUCCUCCAUCGCCAUUCAAGCCUUUUUUCACCUCAUACAAUUUAUAUUUAGACUGGAUAAAAGAUAUCAUUUCUAAACUAUGGCUGACCAAGAUGUACAGUUACCAAACCCGCAAAGUGGCAGUACGCCGCCACCACCCAACAGCGGCGCAAACUCCCCUGCCGCCGCCGCCGAUGAGCAAACGACGGCCAACAAAGACAGUCCAGCGGCGCCGGCUGAGCAGUUAUCUGCGGCCGAAGGAGCCGCGUUGGAAAGCGGUCAGGCUCCAGUACAAAUGACGCUUAAUAUUUCAAAUUUUCGUAAACCAGGCGAGAAAACAUUCACGCAACGCUGCCGUCUUUUUGUUGCAAAUCUGCCGCUGGAUAUACCCGAAGAGGAAUUCAUCAAUUUGUUCGCUAAAUAUGGAAAUACAGCCGAAGUAUUUAUUAAUAGAGAGCGAGGAUUUGGGUUUAUUCGUUUGGAGAGCCGUACACUAGCGGAGAUAGCAAAAGCUGAGCUCGAUGGGACAGUAUUGAAUAAUCGACAAAUCAGGAUCCGCUUUGCCGCUCAUGGCGCCGCACUCUCUGUGCGGAACCUUUUGCCUGUUGUCACGAAUGAGCUUUUGGAACAGGCCUUUUCACAGUUUGGCCCGGUGGAACGGUGUAUCGUUGUCACAGAUGACCGUGGGCGGCCCACUGGCAGAGGCGUUGUGGAGUUUGCAAGCAAAGCGGCCGCACGUAAAGCCCUGGAAAGCUGCACGGAGGGAGCGUUAUUGCUAACGGCCACACCUUGCCCAGCCAUUGUAGAGCCCACAGAGCAUUUUGAUGAUGAGGAAGGAUUGCCUGAAAAUAUGUUAUCAAUAACUCCAAAGUACCUCAAGGAACGGGCGCAAACACCACAUUUCGCCCAGCCGGGCACUUUUGAAUUUGAAUACUCGUCUCGCUGGAAAGCUCUUGACGAAUUGGUGAAACAACAGCGAGAGCAGGUGGACAAGAGUAUUAAAGAGGCCAAAGAGAAGCUGGAGGCUGAAUUGGAGUCGGCGAAACAUGAACAUCAGCUCAUGUUGAUGAGGCAUGAUCUAAUGAGACGUCAAGAGGAGUUGAGGCGACUGGAGGAGCUUCGCAACCAGGAGCUUCACAGACGAAAACAGAUAGAGUUGAGGCAUGAGGAGGAGAGACGGCGACGAGAGGAAGAAAUGAUGAGAACACACCGAGAGCAGGAAGAGAUGAGGCGUCAAGCAGAUACCUUUAAACCUGCCUACCAGGACAAUAGAGAACAGGAAAUGAGAGCGGCUGAUCUGGGCCCCCGUGGAGCCGUUAAUAUGGCAGAGGGCUUAAACCAGGCCCCUGCUGGGCCCGGCGCUAACCAGGGUCAAAUGAUGAGCAUGGGCGGAAGGGGCAAUGCCAUCAUCCCGGAGGGAACUGCAAACAUGAACCCACUGCUGAUGGCUGAGAAUGGCAACAUGCGAGGCGACAGAUAUCCGCUGAGUGGCUUGCUGGCAGGACGAGCGGAGGUGGAGUCACCGAAGCAGCAGCAGCAGCAGCAGCAACCACAGCAACAACCACAGCAACAACCACAGCAGCCACCAACACAGGGCCCUCCUGGUGGUCCGUCCACUAUGUAUGGAAGCGGGAGUCCUGUAGAUGGAGUGUUUGACGGGCCCAAUAGCAAACGCCCCCGCUAUUGACCUCAAAUUUCUUUCACAGUGACCUCCUUGCCCACCGACUACAUGAGAGGUGGUGGGUAUUUGUUGAUCCACUUCUUGAUCGCUCCUAUUUUUCCCACAGUGUUUUGGUCAGUGAUUUGUGAUUCAAAUGAAGCUUUUGGACUUUG